CACAGUGAUCAUGGCGGAAAACUUACCUUUGCCGAUUGGGAUUUUACUACGCUGAAUUCUCUGUUGUUUUAGUGAGUUUGAUUUCUGUUCUUGUUGGAUUUACUGUGUUGCUGUGGAUCCUGAUAUCGGACAGUUAUGAUUGUGUGAGGGCCUGUGAUGGACAUGUUAACCACAAGGACUUUAUGCCAUAUGAGGAUUAAUUCAGAGAUUUUGGAGUGUUACAUUUUACACGAGGAGAGAAAUUAACAUUGGAUUGUUACCAUGGAGGAGUGUGAUGACGGACUUGAGAUGGGAGUUCCCGCGGCCUAUUACGACACCUGGAACAGGCAUAAUAGCAUCGCAUUCUGCAAUUACAAAGGGUUACGGAAUGCUCCUGAGAACAAUUGCUUCCUAAACAGUGCUGUACAGGUAUUCUGGCACCUGGAUGUGUUUCGCCGAAGUUACCGCAGGCUGUCUGGCCACAGCUGUAUGGGGAACUCCUGUAUUUUCUGUGCCCUAAAGGUGAUAUUUACACAGUUCCAGUAUAGUGACCAGAGUUCUCUGCCUCCAGACACAUUGCGUAAAGCUCUUGCCGAGACAUUUGUUGAUCAGCAUCGAUACCAGCUUGGUCACAUGGAUGAUGCAGCUGAAUGUUUUGAGAACAUUUUACGGAGGUUACAUCUUCACGUCGCUACAGAUCACAAUGAGGACACAUGUACUGCGCCUCACUGUUUGUCUCACCAGAAGUUUGCCAUGACAGUUUUUGAUCAGUUGGUGUGUCCAUGUGGGGCUAAGACAGACCCGUUAAGGUUCCAUGAACUCGUGCACUAUGUUUCAGCCAGUGCCUUAGUAUCCCAAGCCAAGCAGAUGCGGGAAACGGGUGAUGUGUUACACCCUGAUAGGUUUGGACUGUUAUUACGGAACGCUGCGGCUAUGGGGGACAUCAGGAACUGUCCGUCCAUGUGCGGAAAGAAGGUUCAGAUGAGGAGAACAUUGUUAAACUUCCCUGAUGUUGUGAGUAUUGGUUUGAUUUGGGACUCGGAGCGGCCCAGCGGAGAACUAGUCACAGAUGUGUUGCGGAGUCUAGGCACGACAAUCAUGCUCCAAGACGUAUUUCACUCUGUAAUGACUGAAGAUGGCAGCAAACUUCCUAAGCUGAAUCUCUCAGCCCUGGUCUGUUAUUAUGGAAAGCACUACUCCACAUUUGUCUUCCACUCCAAGCUCAAAGUCUGGAUCUAUUUUGAUGAUGCGACUGUUAGAGAGAUUGGUCCAAGGUGGGAGGAUGUGGUACACAAGUGUGUAAGGAGCCGGUAUCAACCCCUCUUACUGCUCUAUACUAACCCCUACCCCACACUGCUUCCUGUACAGACAGCUCCACAGAAAACCACCAUGCACCCAGGCUACAAGAAACCUACUCAUGUUUCCCCUGAAGCUCCAAAAUCAAAACGUGACCCCCGUGCAGCCUUUGCCCAUCAAAGGGCAACAGUUGGCCGAAGGGCUGUCACACCUGGCCCUGAAAUGAAUGGCAGCUCAGAGUAUGUGGAGCCAACAACUCGACGAGCCGUUACUCCGGGACCAGAACACUAUGGUCAUGAGUCUGACAGAGAAGGUGUCAAAGGCAAAAGCAUUGAGCACAGCAGGCACAACAGCUUCCUUGUGGCAAUGACUGGAAACAAAGUAGAUGUGAACAAUUCAGGAGGAAACCAUAACCCAAAUGGUUAUUCACAAGACAGCCAUUCCCUAAUGGGGGAGUAUGUGUACAGUAAUGGUGUUAUUCAGCCCUCGUUCAUGAACAAUGCUGAUAGGUAUGAAUCGCAGAACUGUAUGCCCGGUGAGGUGAAUGAUGAGUAUAGGAAACACCCAGAUGGGAGCGUUCCACCCUACAGUAUGAUGCCUUCUAACUGUGACAUACCGAGGAAAGAGAGUUUUAAGAAAGGCAUCAGGGUCCAUGGUGAUGUGAUUAGGUAUAUGGUAGAUCAAACAAGAGGCCCUGGUGUAGAUCAUCAGGUGCAGAUGGUGCCUAAUAAAGGACGUCAUUCGCGAAGCAGAUCACAAAGUCAUGAGGACACUCUUAGCAUCUCAUCAGAAACGAACUCUGGUGUAGCUAAUUCCAGAUCUAAGCCUAACCCUUAUAAUCAGGAAAAUGGCAAAGCUGUCCAUGGACCUGUUCAAUCAGGUUUGGCGACUCUGCCCAGGAAGAAGCAGGACCAGAGGAAUUCUAAAACACCGUCACCAACAGUUACGUUGAAUCCAGCAGACCAGAGUCACGAAAGGCAAGGUUCUGCCAGUUCAACGGGCUCUGUUGUUCUCAACCCCAAAUAUCAGCAAGGUCAUGGAGGUCAAGUUAGCAGGAGUGAGUACAUGGACCAGAAGCAUUUUAUUAGGAAGCCGGAAGCUGGGGUACCACCAGGAUCUACCCAUCACUGGAGACAGGUUUCUGCCUCCUCCCAGGGCUCUUCCUCUACCCCCACCCCUACGGCGGUGGAGAUGGGGCACCCUAGGAUGAUGGGAGGAGGAGCUUCCCAGGAACAAUCUCCUACUGAUGCAGCCCUCAGUCAGGACUACAUCAGCCGGAACAUGGUGGAGAAGAUUCUGAGUAAACAGCGGUUGACCCGCCAGGCUUCCUCGGCCAGCAGCAUGAGUGUACGCAGUAACACUAGCAGUAGUAGCAUGGACAGUGACACUGGUCUACAGAAAACACUGAAAUCAAAAGGCGGCAAGGACUCACUGAGUGUGGAGAUUCCAUAUGACAGUCUGUCUCUGGAGUCACAGAAGGAUUCAGGUUAUGGCAGUAGUGAUAGGAAUAGCUCCAGCUCUACAGGCAGUGUUACCAUGGACCCCUUUGCCCAAUACUUCAUCAGCAGAAGUAUGAUUCCCCCCAAGACUGUCAAUGAUGCCUAUGUGCAGAACUUUACUGACAGUUUCAAAGAAUCCUUAGCAAACAUGGAAAAGGAGGAUAAUGUGGACUCCUCAUAUGAACCCGUGGAAUACAAAGGUCAAACCCCAAAUUCAUAUACAAUAAAUUAUGUUCAGCAGCAACAACAACAACAGCAAUCUCAGCAAGGACCAAACAUGAACAAUAAGCCUAAUCAUUUGUCUCAACACCACACCAGGGAGAAAGCUGAAAACAGCAAGAAUGUCUAUGUCAGUCAUAAAGCUUCCAAGCCUCAUCGCAAAACCUCAGUAGGAAUAGUGAAUGGUAGAGAUUGUGUGUCUGUUGACGACAAGAUUUAUGGUACACAAAUCUCAGAUGGAUUAUCAGGCUCCAAACCACCUAGUGUUUCAAGGUCAGAAGAACAUAGGGAUGACUAUGAUCUCAUUAAUUUCAAAUCUGGAAUUCAGGUUCAUGAUAUUUUGCCUGGUUACAGUGAAGCGGUUGCUGGAUACCGAGGUAAUGCUGAAUUCCUGGAGUUAUGUCACAAAGCGGAAGACAUGAUGGACAAGUGUAUGUUAGCUGAGACAUCUGUGGAGUUGCCCAGAGCCAUCAACUGCUGCAAUGCUGCAGUCUCUUACCUGAAGCAGGCUAUGCAGUUACCUGGUGUUUCCCAGCAGUCAUAUGUAUUUGCCCAGCGGAAGCAUAAUUCCUGUGUAAUGAAGUACCGCAGUCUGGUGAAGCAUUCUCCUGUUAACCAAGAUGGAUAUGUUUCCUCAGCUAGUUCUGAAACACUGACUAGUUCAUCGGCUAAUAGAUCCAGUAUGACCAGCACCGAUUCCGAUGGAAGCCACAGAGAUCUAAUCCAACUGGAGGCUCAGGGCAAGACACCAAAAGAUGUAUUUAAGGAGAAGUUACAGGACUUAUACCAGCAAGGGAUGAGAACUGGUCCUGCUCAGUCAACAGAGAAGCGACCAACCAGUGGAAGGCAACCCGGUGUUAAGCCUCCCCCUCCACAGAGAGGAGUCAGCAUUGGCAGCAGAUCCAUUCCUGUUAAACACAGUAGUCCCCCUUGUCGGAACUCUACUCCGGUGUGCAACAAUCAGAUUUUGAACAAAGACAACGUUAAUGGUGAUCAUUGCCCACUCAUCAAAAGCAAUCCUAAUGUCCAGAAGUCUGAGUCACCAAACUCAGAUAGUAAUGCUAGUUCUAAAGAUGUAGAACUGUAUCAAACAUAUGUGAAUCGUCAGAAGAAUAUAGCAGCAGGAGUGAAGUACCCAGUGUAUCAGAGUUCAUCAGGGGCGAGUACCCCAACAUCAUCACUAGACGGACGAGAUAGCGACAGCAGUCGGGAAAACAUGCCUGUAGCAGGGCACUUGAGCAAGUCCUACAGUAAAGCGGAAAUCAGACAUUUAUUACAGCAGAAUAUGAUGCACAAGCAGAACCCACAAGUUGUGGCACCUGUAAGGGCUCCACAGCAACAGGCUCCCCAGGGCUACACGAAUGGGGGUGGCCUCAGACCUACAGGGCAACCUCACGCUCCAACUGGUAACCCGGUGAGAACAGGGCCUAACCUUGUCAGGUCGAAUAUAUCUGCUAAUGAUUGCAGAGGUCCUAAGCCUCAAGUAGCAUGCAAGCCUGUUGUCCAUGGUGAUUGUCCCCCUCAUUCUAUGCAUCCCACUAGUGUGUCUGCUCGCAUGACGUCCAGUGAUUACCAGGGUCGGGAGAACGUGUACGGUUCCCAAUCCAGACAUGUUGAAAGAGGUGCCUGUCAACCUGAUCACAACAACCUCUACCAACAGCAACAUCAACACAGAGCAUGCACUUCAGCAGAGCACACUUAUUUAACUUCUUCAGCUCAUUUGGGUCGUGACAAGAACACCAGGUCUACUUAUAGUAGCCAACCUGACUUGUCCAGCAGUGGAGUUGAGGAGGAUUACCUGGAGUUCCCUCCCCCUGCCUCACUAAGCGCACCAAGCACACCGGCCCACAGCUCUGAGAACCUUCAGGAUAUUGAUUUUAAACCCAGUGUUAAAGACAUUGCCUCCAGGUUUGAGGCCACCACCAUCACAUCCAAAGAGAGGCAGACGGGUCGACGACAUGGCUCUAGAACGGCCCAACCUUACCGUCAGCGAAGCAAGUCUGAAUCUAGCUCUGGGCCUAAACCAGUGCUGAAGAAGAAGAGAAAGCCUAAAGCACGAGGACCGAGGAAGUCUGUGACUUUCUCCGAUAGCAUUGCGUUAAUUGCAGCUGCGGAAGAGCUACCACCAGGACCAGCCCCACCCCCAUACGAGGAAGCAAUCAGCUCACGGUGUCAAGAUCGUAUGGGCUGGGAUGAUACAGACACAUACUAUGGUUAUGACAGUGAUGAUGACAUUGUGAAGGUGGUACCCGCUGGGUACAUGCCAGAUGAGGACAGUUGUGAUAAGGACAGCUGUGCCAGCACUGAAUCUCCUGUGGAACCUGUCGAGGUUUUGUGUUCGUUGUGUGGUAAGAAAGGCACGGAACCAGGGACACCGUACUGUGAUAACUGCUGUUAUUACAUGAGUAGAUUCCAACCUAGCAGGUAGUCCAUGCUCCUUUGUUCUUUCCUUACCGGACAGGAACAUCCCCAGACUUCUCACAGUGCUAAACUGCUAUACCAAACUGCUGUCCAGAGAGGAAUUCUGCCCUUUAAUGUGGUUGUGACUUUUUUUUUCAAUGUCCGAAAAUGUGUUAUGAAUAUUGUUUGACAUUUUUAUACCAAAGUUUUUUCUUGGGGAAUUUUUGUCAUGCUUAUGUGUUAUUUUGGGGCUGGACUGUGUUUCAUGCUAAAAUCAUUGUUCUGUUUGUAUGUGGAAAACACGUAAUGAUCUCAGCCUUUUGUAGCUUCUAGGUUGUUUUUUCCAUGAUAUACAUGGCAAAAGAUGUUAUCAAAGUUGGCAUAUUUUGUCCUGAGUGAUGUGAAUACUUGUAUUUAAAUUUAUUUUGUUUUCUUGGUUUUCAUUCAGUUGAUCAAACGUGUGCUGGGCACAUGUUAGGAAUGCCUUUAUUUAUGAUUUAUUUGUUGAUUUAAAGGAAAAUUUUUAAGCUUAGGUUGUGAAAUGAUUUUGUUGUAAAUAUAGUAAAGUAUGUUUAAAAGAUUUCUUUCAACACUGCCAAAUUCAAUCUGCAAGCAUUUUCAAAAAUAAAUUUUCAUCUUCCCAAUGCAUUGUGUGUAUACAUACAUGUAUAUGACUGUUAUGCUAUGGUUAUCAAUAUAGACCAAAUAUCUGGUACUAAGUACAGGGAAGUCCAGAUUAAUCUCUCACAUAUAAAAUAAAUGUAACUUCUUUGAAAGGCUUGCAUGAAAAUGCCGCUAUCAUUCUACUCCUUCUGUUUUGUUCAGAUUAUCAGCUCCAGAGUUAGUGUGAAAAGUUAGCACCCCAUUUCAUCAGCCAUGUGCUAAGUGCAUAUUAUCAUUGUAAACAAUACAAGAGCAAUAAGUAUAUUUAAUCUAAAUUCAUCGAAUAUAUAUAGAUUAUACUAUUUUACUUCAUUUGUGUGUGUACCCUUGAAGGAACUUUGAGGCAGCCGUAUCAUAAAUUCAGUCUUGUUCAUGUUGCCUUGUUUAAUUCAAACGUCCACAUUGUUCAUCAUAUGCAAGUUGUUAAACAUUUAUACACAGUGGCUUUAAAACUGCAUCCUGUAAAUUUGUUAUUGCAUGUAUCCUUAACUCUUCUCGCUGGCUGAAAAUAUGUGCUUGCCUUCUUAGAGUUUCGUGAAUGCCUCAGACAGUGGCAAGCAGUCUUCUAGGAAGAAUUUUUCGCUUCACCCACGAGAAGGAAUCCUUUGAGGGAUACUCAUCAAGUCGUGUGUUUCUAACAUUAACACAUCUCUUGAGUCCCGAAUUUCCAUGUACAUAUGCAAUCGUUUUCGCAUAAACUGUUUCUAAUAUAUACACAUAUAUAGAGCUAUGCCGGAUAUAUUUUUGUGUCAUUUUGACAACUUGUUGAAAGCUGUUUUCAUCACUACAUGUUAUAUUAGCCAGUAUCAUUCAUUUUCAUUUGUUCUUUCCAAAUAUAAGCGGUAAAUUUUGUUUGUAUUGCCCACAGAUUUUUAUGUAAAUAAAUGUACAAUAUACACGUAUCAAUAGAUGGGCUGUUUAUUGAAGCUGAAAGUGCUUUUGAGUCAGAUUUUCCUCUUUCGUGUCGUUUCUGCUGUCAUGUUAUCUUUGCAGAUGUCACUCAUAUCAUGUCUAGUUUAUGAAGGAUUUUGGUGCUCGCAUCACGCAGUGGUAAUUCCACGAAGUACACUUGUCAUUGAGCAUGCAUUCCAUGAAAUCUGGCCAAAACCUAUUCAGUUGUAUCAUGUUUUCAUGAAGAUACAAAAGCAUAUCAGCUUUGACAGCUGAAAAUAAAAGAUGUC